AUGUCUCCUUAUACUCGCCGGGUGUUCCGAAGAAACGCAAAUAAGAUCUGUGACUUGGACAAAACCCCGCUGCUGGACCCAUCCAACAAUGUGAAGAAAGUUCAAGAGGCGAGAAAUGAAAACUGUCGGAAUCGGUAUCAGAACAGUGAACGCGAUUCUGAGCCGAAUUCUCAGAUGAUGAUUCGAAUGCGCCUUCGUCCAGGGCCGAAUUGGCCCCGUCUCUCUUUCAUUACCGUCCUCGAAGAAGGAAUUAAGAAGAAAAGUGGGUUUCAAAAGAUCCGCAACCACGUUGAGAAUGCGCAUUACGAAGAAAAACGACGCGAUUGGAUGAGGCGACUGCGCCCAAUGGCUCAUCGCCGCGUAGGCUAG